GAACUACUACUCUUUUUUUGGGGGUACCUUUCAGAUCUGCAAAAGCAAGAGGAGCGCGGAGAGCUGCUGCAGCCACUGGUCUUCAUCUUACUGGUUUUGUGCUCGGUGCUGCUGUACUUCACCGUGUCCCUCAUGGAUCCGGGUUUUGUUAAGUCUGAAGAGGAGGUGAAGGCAGACAAGAGUGAAGAACAAAGCAUGGUGAUACCCCAAGUUCCAAGUAAUAUUAAGAUGCGGCGUUGUGGUUACUGCAUGGUGAAGCAACCAAUGCGAGCCAAGCACUGCCAGCUGUGCCAACACUGUGUACGGCGUUACGACCAUCACUGUCCCUGGAUUGAGAACUGCGUAGGAGAGAAGAAUCACCCUCUCUUCAUAGUCUACCUGACCGUGCAGCUUGUAGUUCUGCUGUGGGGAGGUCACGUUGCUUGGUCAGGCCUCUACUUUGAACAGUCCUGGGACUGGCUGCAGCACAACAUUUUCCUCCUCACGUCCUUCCUCCUGAUAGUCAUAUUCACAACUGUUGUUCUGCUGCUGCUUAUUUCACACCUCUAUCUGAUCUCAUGCAACACCACCACCUGGGAAUUCAUGUCACAUCAUCGCAUCUCCUACCUGCGACACUCUGAGUUGGAGAAUCCCUUUGACCAAGGGGUAAUCCUCAAUCUCUGGAGAUUCUUCUGUUCAUGCCACCUCACUGCAUGGGAGAAAAUCUACUUUCACAGGAACAGUGAGCCUGUCUAGUCGCAGUAGUACCUGCCUGGUCGAGUGCCAACACAUCUGCAGGUUGCUGGGUAAAGCUUUGC